UUUUCUGAGAGCAUUACAGGCGUUUUUUUUGUUUUUGUUUUUGCUUUUCUGGACUUGAUCUCGAAACUAUCACGGAAGGACUGGAUGGGUGGGUGGGAGGUUGGCUGGCGGGCAGCAUGGUCAUGCAAAGGCACCGUGGGGCGUGAAAGGCGUAUAUAUGUGAUGGAUGGAUGGAUGGAUAGAAGGAUAUGAUGGCAUGCAAACGAAACAUCUAGGGGAAGGGAAAAUGACGGCAAAUGAUGGACGUUAUGAAAAAAGAGAAGGACGGUUGCCUGGGGAAAGGGACUUGAGCGACAGCUGUUGCUCUCUUUCUUGAUGAUGGUUGGGAUGAUGGUUGGAGGGAUCACGACAGCGGAGGAGAAUGUCAGCAUGAACCGACUCCCGCGCUUCCCUUAUGCUUUCUCUAAAUAGGCAAUGGACGACAUACGGACUUGACCUACCGUAAUUCUUCCGCUUGCUUCGUCAUUUAUAGCUGCCUGAUUUUGCUGCAUGUGUUACUCGGUCUAGAUUGCUUUCGAGGGCUAGUAGGAAUUAUAACAGAAAUAGUUUU